UCGGUGGGAUUUUUCAUCUUCUGCAGUUCUUCUGCCCUAGCAGACGCCACUCAACACGCUCGACGCUUGUCGUUUGCUGUUUGAUUUAUCGUUUUGCCCAUUUUCAAAAAAAAAAAAAUUCAUGUCAAGUGCAAUGCAAAAAAUAAGUAGGCAGUUCUUAAGUGGUGUUUCAGUUAGUAAAAUAGAUUUUACGGAUGUUGUUCACGACCUGGCAAAUUCUACGUUUGGAGAAACCAAUCAAGACACUAUUUUAUCCCUUACUAUUAAUCAUCCGCUAGUUGUUAAGUAUCCAUUAAAAGUGGAAUAUCAACAAAGCUUUCUGCGUAAACUCAUAAAAGAGCUCGAAGCCAGAGGGGCUGAAAUAUCUGGGAAUCUCUAUGAGAGGCAUGUAGAAAUUUUGCAAUGUUCAAAUGGAGAAAAAGUUUUUCGUCAUUUCCUCCUGGAUGAUGGAUCUGUCAUUACAGUCAGAGAAAGCAUAAGCAUAAUCUCAGAUGGUACAACUGGUCUGUACAUUUGGCAGGCUGCUCAUGUUCUAAUAAAUUGGUGUUUCAACAAUAGAGAAUUGUUGAAAAACUCAUCAAUUCUAGAGCUAGGGAGUGGGGUGGGCUUGUGUGGCAUUGCUGUGAGUCACCUGUGCAGUCCACAGCACUACAUGUUUUCAGAUUGUCACCCUGCUGUAAUGAGUGCUCUGGUUGAAAACAUAAAAAUUAACUCUGGGGAAGAGAAUCCUGAAAACGAAUCUGAUCUUAGUUUGCCUUCAAUAAAUGAUAGAGUAACAUGGGGUGGGAAACUAAAGGAUAGCAAAGUUUCUAUUGUACAUUUGCCCUGGGAAGACAUUAUUGAUGAGCAUCUAGCCCCUUCAAUAGCACCAAAUUUUGUGAUAGCAUCUGAUGUUGUAUAUGAUCCCUGCCUCUUUGUACCACUAUCAAAAACUGUGAAGGAGUUUGUGAACGUUGGGAGCCAGGUGAUUUUAGCAUGCACAGAGAGAAACUCAGGGACCCUUCAAGAAUUUCUCCAAAAAUUAGAGUCUUUACACCUUAAGGUAGAUGAGGAUGUUUCCCCAGAGCCAUCAAUUAUUCCCGUUUCUGAUGACUGGAUUGUUAAAGUUUUUCGAGUGUCUAGUGCAUAACCAAUCAUAUCUGUAUAGCGUAUUGCAUAUUGUGAUAUAUAUGUUGUAUUACAAAUCGCCAGGUGUCUAAUUGUUUCAAUUUUUUCUGAAGAAAUAAACCUUGACUGAUAUUUUUC